GGCGCCUUCUUCACUUCUUCUUCGCACGCGUAUUGUCGGAGCUGCCACUCGCCCCUGACUCCAACAUCCGUACCGAGCUUUCUCGUCGAAUUUCCCGACCAACUGCAGACCGAAAAUCUCGCGGUUCAAGAUGAAGUCCAUUGCUUGUCUACUGGUCCUCUUGGCUGUGGCUUACGGCAAGCCCAUCAUCGCCGACCAGGACUCGACGUCAUACAGCCUGUCAGACACCAGCAAGUACCUUGAGAGCAUUGCUCACAUGGCCAUUGUCGAGUCCCUCUCGCCUCUACACACCUCGCUCUCAUCCCUGGAAUCUUCGUGGAUAAACCUUGUGAGCAUCGCUAUCCAGGAACAGGUUUCCAUUCCACAACCUACGGUCCCGAAAAUUGAUGUGAUGAGCAUGCUGACAUGCAAGGCUAAGUAUUCUCCCAAAUACUCCAUGGUCCUAAAGUACAUCACCGAUCAUCAAGACCAGAUCCAGGAGCACAUCGUGAAUGCCAAGAAACUCGAACAAGAUCUGAAGUUCACCUCUCAACUCGUCAUGUACAAGAAGAGCGAUCCGGAUACCAAGGAUGCGAUGACACGGGUCUCGCAGAUGGUGAGCGAUUACCUGAAAGAUUACUCGACAACCAUCUCAUCGAUCAAAUCAACUAUCUGCAGAGAUCAACCAGAUGCACAGGAGGACAAACUCGAGGAUGAUCAUCGGGAUCAAACGAAGCCGUCUCAUCCAUUGAGCGAGGAUUACAUGGAAACUCCACUGUCCUUGUACUUGAAAGGCACCAUGCCCCUUGGCGCUGUAGUGACUAAGGGGUAAGUACUUUGGUUAGAU